AGAAAACAGGAACAAGGAUGCAUGUACUCGUAUACGCGCGGCAAAAUUAAUAAGUGAGAUCUAAUUAAUUCGAAGAGAACAACGAGGCACGAGAAAAAGAAGAAGGUAUAGAAGGUGCGGGGAUCGGGAGGAUUAUCAUUACCGUCGUUAGAGCAUAAUUUCGAGAUACUCGGUCAGAUAAGAGCAUAGAAUUGGGAUCCAUUCAGAAUGAAACGUGAGAUAAAUUAAGGUAGAUAUUUAAAUGGAUUCCGGACAUCCUUAUUCGCACAUUUCUCGAAUGAAUUUCUCGCGGAUGAAACGAGCAAUCGUGCAGCACCAAGGUGAGAUCGAUCGUCUAAUCGAAGUGCGAAAAGAAUUUUGUAAAUAGGCACGGUUGGUACGCUAGUAAUCUUCCCUGACCCGUCGCUUGUUUCGUAGCACACAAAACGUGCUACAAUACGAACGCUCGGACGGACAAAACAAGAAUGUCGUUGAGAAAUCGUGUGUUCCGAAAACAGAGGUCCCUAUACAUACGCAAUAUAAUAGAUCUUUGCUGCUAUUAGGCGAUGUCGGUGACAGUGUUUUCGACCGAUUUAUUUCAUGUUUCAGUGAUUAACCUAACCCAAAUCGACACACGAUAUAUCGCGUCUAAGGUUAGUACAAAGAUCUGUUAUAUAUGUAUAACAGUAUAUAGGGACCUGUCUGUAUCUUCCGAAUGUACCGUCUGCCGAAGCUAAAAUUUUAUAUUUUAGAUUUACCAUUUGAUUCUAAGAUGUGUACAAAAUUUCGUCUAGAUCAGCCACCGGUGCCUUUCGAAAGUACAGACGAGAGGAAAUUAUUCGUUCACGGAUCAAAACGAAUUGGCAAAGAUUUCGACGUAGCGAUCAUUUCCCAUCUUGCUUCGAGCCCUGCAGAAUUUUAUGGCACUUCCGUGUAGGUCUUUUACCUCGCGCCCAACGCGCACUACGCGUUUCUCGCGGUUGGCUCUUCUUUUGUUCUCGGGUCUCGGUCGAUUCUCCAUUUACAUUCCAACGUAGUCCAUCGUGGCGCUUCCUGUUUCUCGGGCGACUCACCGCGUGCCGUUUCCCGCUUCCCGCUUCCCGCUUCACGCCUCCUUCUUUCGGCUUAUCGCGCGGGCCUAAGGAAAGAGUCCGAAGGACUGGCCGUCACUCGCGUCUCGAUCACGAGUCGGAUACGGGCCAAGGGUAGCUCGUGAAACGAUGACGUGCCGACGAAACGGUAGGUUAACGAUACCGUUCGGUUGCGCGACCAAUCUUCCUCGAGGAGUAGAAAUUAACGAAACCACAUGCACCGGUAGAUGUACCGGUGCGACGAGUAACACAACGGGCAAGACGACGAGGAACACGAUGAGAAAGGGAAGCGCGGCUGAUCGAGCAGGAAGAAGAAGAAGAGAAGGGGUGGUGGAUCACGACCAAGUUCGUUGCUCGUUUCGUAUUGGAAUACCAAUGAAUUUUGAAGCAGUCUGCGCGUGACCCGAAUAUUAUUCGUUCGUCACCCUUUCUUCUUACCUUUUCCAUUUCCGUCUUGCUCGUUCCUCGUCGUUGUUACCUCGUCCGACAGUUCCAACUAUUAUUCUCGAAGAGUCGCGUCAUAGACAUAGGACGCGAAGCGGGCAAAACAUCGUCCAAACGAACCGCGAAUUUGCCGAUCACGAUACGCUACGAUCGCGGAAGGGAGUGUAGUGACUCGAAGAAGGAUCGAGACCAGAAGUCCGGAACAUAGACCGAGACGAAGACCGAGAGCGCGGUAAAGAGGUGGGAGAGCGAGGGAACACAGUUGUGUCCGCUUUUGCAUCGUUCGUGCACGGGGACCAAAAGCAGCCAGGGUCGCCGUUUGCUUUCAGUCAUUGCGAAGAACGCGCGGACAUCGCAGUCGCGCCGGGUACUCGUGCGAGAUAGAUCGAUUCGUUCGUCGCGAGCACGCUCUCGACGCAGAAGAAAAGGAAAAUACAGUGUGAUCGAUCGAUCGAUCGAUCGACAAUCGGUCGUCGAGGCGAAGAGCCGUGUAGCCGAGAGAACGAUGCGUGGCAACGGUGAAACGAUCGUCGUUCUUCUGUUUGCGAUCGCGAUCGAUCGUUUGGGGACGAUGGUUGUGGGCUCGGCAGCGAGGACAGUGAGCGCGCGGCUGGACGAGCGAUGUACCAGGGACGCGGAAUGCGAUUCCAGCAUCGAGGGUAGUCACUGUCGGAAUGGCUAUUGUCGCUGUUUGCCCUACUUUGCCGCGUACAACGGAACGUACUGCCUCGAGGCGACUCUUUUGGGCCAGGAGUGUCUCGUCGACGAGCAAUGCACCUUGAAAGUAGCCAACAGCGGCUGCAUGGAUGGCUUCUGCGGCUGCAGGGAUGGUUUCCUCCAAUUUCGUCGGCAUACGUGUCUGGGUCCGGCGAAACUUGGCCAAGUUUGCUACGAGCACGCCCAUUGUCGUCUAUGGCAGCGGAAUUCACACUGUGAUUUCUUGAUCCCCAACCUGUUCGGACGUUGCCAAUGCACGGCGCCUAUGCGUCGCGAAAACGAUAUUUGCCGACCCGACGAUCUGGUUAGACCUUUACCGAUGUUCGACGAUUUCUCGACGGGAACGAUCGCGACAGCGACGAUGUCGUCUCGCCACGACGAGCAAACUCAGACGUUUGACGAUCGACGAGAGGACGAGGCGGAGAAAGAGAUGGAAACAGGAGUUCGAAUCGACUGGCUGAAAAAUGAUACCGCGCAGUCGGCAAUCCCGUCGUUUCCCCUUGACGCGACCACCGAGACGACGAAUUCUUUCCACUCGCAAAACGUCUUACCGACGGCGGACUACGACAGCAGAGACGACGCUAUCGUGGUCGAGGCGCUCACCGAAACCGUGUCGUCGACGGUGUGGACGUCAGCGUCCGCUUCGAAAACAGAUCGACAGUCGGAGGUGGAGGCGACCGAGCCGCCAUCGGCCAUCAGUUUAGGACACGAUUGCGUCUCGGAUUUGGAAUGCCGGCUGGCGGAUCCCUACUCGAGAUGCAUCGACGGAACGUGCGACUGUGGUUUCCGAGGAAACGGAAGCUGCUCCGCGAGAAAUACCGGUUGCGCGGCUGGCACCUUCCAAUGCAAGAAUUCCGGAAAAUGCAUCAGUUGGUUCUUCGUUUGCGACGGACGGCCGGACUGCGGCGACGGCUCGGACGAACGAUGCUCGGUGCGAGAAGGAGGGACGGAAUGCCCUGUACAAGCAUUCAGAUGUGGUAGGAGCGACGUUUGCGUGUCGAGAGCGCUAAUGUGCGACGGUAAACGGGACUGUCCGCGAGGCGAGGACGAGUUCGGCUGCAACAAUCGACGGAAAUGUCCGGAAGGAGCGUUCAGGUGUGACAACGGACAAUGCCUGCCAGCGUACGAGUUCUGCAACGCCGUGGUGUCUUGUCGCGACGGAAGCGACGAGCCGAGGGGAGUUUGUCGAAGGCAAGUCGGAAGCCGCGGCAGAGUCGCCACCAGACAUUGUCCGUUCAGGUGCGACAACAGCAGGUGUCGAUCGGACGCGAUCGCCUGCAGCGGCCGCGACGGCUGCGGCGACGGCUCGGACGAGAAACGCUGUUCCGUUUGUAGAUGUCCGCAAUUUCCUUAACUGGGUCCGGUAGGCGUUACAACGAACGAGCUGGAGAUUAGCCGAAUAACGAUGCUCGAUGUUGCAAGCGUGGUGAUUCACGAGGUCCGAGGAGAGGACGAAUCAACGGCAGCCUGACGUUCCAGCACGGGGCAAGGUUCCGAUGCGACGCGACCGCCGAUCAUUUGUAUCCAAGCGUGUAUUUUUUGGUAGAUUCGCGAUUCGAAUAAACGUACUGGAAAACCUGGAAGAA